AUGAAAUUGUUAUCUGGAUUUUUCGCAUGCACUUUCGGCCUCAAAGGAACAGUCCAGAUAAAGACCCUUGAGAACCAAGAGUCUUCCUAUUCCUGCGUCGGUAAUGACGCGGAAUGCUCAAAGUUCACUGGUCAGAAAGCGAGCAACAGCACUUUCAAAGACUGUGCUUGCUACGGCGAUGAUAAGUUCUGCGAGGAUGUGUGUGCUCGAAUGUCGAUUGAGGAAACUGAAACCAUGAAUCCUAAGAUCGUCCUUAACAAAAGUGAAAUGCAUGAAGAAGUUACUGAUGCAGACUCGACUGCAUAUUAUUCUAGUUAUUACUAUGCAAACUGUGGUACUGACAGUGGAUACAGCGUGGACCAGUCUCGCUUUGAGGACAAGUGUGAUUUAUGCGCCAACAUGUGUUAUUCCGCCUAUAGCAAAGUACAGUGUGUCAGAGACUGCAUGAGAGAGACAAGUUUCUGCUCAAAUAACAGUAAGAGUACGCUUAUUGCUCGAUAUGCAGACGUUGGUGCAAGGACAUAUGGAGGUCACCUCUACGAGUCACGAUAUGACGGCAUCAUCUGCGCUGGAUACUGCGCAGGCCCUAAGCCGUAG